CACACAAACUAUGGCGGCUGAAGAACAACAUCGCCGAAAGCGAACCUUCUUCUAAAUUACCACCCAAAAACGGACCGUGUAACUUUCGUUGAGAUAUAUGGCACUCGUCAAAAUAUAAAGCUUAGGAAGUAUCUUCCCCAAGGCGAGCCCAAAUCGCACAUCCGUUUAGAGAAGAAGUGUUGACACAAUGCCCUCGCUUGCCAUAACAGUCUCCCUCUCAGAGGUGUUAGAAGUGCAAGGAAAGCCUCUGAGAGAAGAUCAAGUGUGGGGUGUUUUGUGUCAAAGUGCAGAAGCUCUGCAGGACCUCUUUAUCAGAGAUGAGGCAAUUAAGAAUGACCAACCAGCCUUCAUCAUCACCCCAAAGACACUGCUGCUGUGUAAAAGUGGACGUGUCCAGUUUGGGGGGAGGACGAAGCUGACCCAGGGCCGGGACUUUCAGGCCCCAGAAGCCUCACAUAGGCAUUUACUAUCAGACACAGGCAUUGAAAAGAUGUAUAUGUACUCCUUGGGAAAGACUUUACUGACAGCUGCUGGACUUAAUGACCAGAGACUCACGUCCCCUGGCCUGAGCCCUAGUCUUGGACCCUUGCUGACCGCUAUGAGCACAGACAAUCCUUCUUUGAGAAUGGGACUUGUUCACAUACUGGAGGCCUGUGCACUGUACAAUGACAGCCACCCGGGUCACAUGUCAAGCUCACGACAUGUGACACAGCUCUACAACUACAUACUGGGCGAUCCGGAUGAGAUGGAGAAUAUUCAGCCAGGGCAAGAGAAUUUUGUGACUUCAAACAGCCAGUCACACGGCCGUCAGCCCCGGCCUAGGUACAGACAUAAUCGCCAUCAAACUGGAGACAGCAUCAACCACAGACCAACCAGAAAACACAACUCAUGGUCUUCCUCAUUGUCACCCCCACGAUCAAGGUCAAGGUCAAGAUCUAGGUCAAGGUCACGCAGUAGAGGCUCUAGAACAAGAAACCACAGAAAGGGCCAUCAUCAUCAGGGCUUGACGGAAAGACACUCACCUAAUGGUCGCACCAAACGGAGACGGAAUGGGUCGUAUUAUGGAGAUCGGGACAGUUCUAGCUCUUACGGAUCUAGACACAACAGCCGAGACAUCAACCCGUCAGACUAUGGUGGCUCUAGAGGACGGUCCCCUCGUCACUUUUCCAAGAUCACCCAGAAUCCCAAUGAAAACUCUACACUUCUGCCUCCGUCCAGUGUUGGCGAGGCAACCUAUCAGAAAUAUCUCAAACUAAAAGAGCGGCAGCAAAGACUGCGAGCAUUGAGAGCUGACUUGGAAGAUGAGGGUACCACUCCAGACCCUCCUCUGGUGAACUACCCAAGACCCAGGGAUAACUCCUCAGAGACUAGGUCACUGGCCUCAGCAGGUUCCUAUGCUCAGGGUUCCUACUUCCCAGAUAUCCACGCCACAUAUGGCUCUGAGCUGGCGCUACAGAUGGGGCAGGGGCCAGAUAGGGACAGUGUCAUCAGCAGUGAGGCCUCUGGGUCCAUCCAUGAUCAGGGGCCUGUCAGGGCAUCUAAGGAGAGUUUGGAGCCUGAUUACAGUGUCAGGGAUGAUAAUGUGCAUGUUCAGCUGCCUGACCAGCCAAGGGUGAGACCAGUCCACACCCAGAAACCCGUCUCCAGCCACCAUGAGUAUGGCCAGCCCAUAACCUACACAGCGGCGGAACAGGAAGCAAGGGAGUUUUAUGGCCCAGAGUUUGUUGUUCGUAGUUCAGAGCCAAUUGAGCAAUUGACCUUCCCCUUACUUGGUGAGAGCUUGAAGAACCCAUCCAACGCACGUCCGGUGACCAUUGUGUUGCUGACAGGUCAAAGGUUAGGGGUGAUGUGUGACCCAAGCACCACAGCCCAGCUUCUCUGUGACUCUGUCAUCACACACCUUGGUCUGGCUGAACACCAGUACUUUGGUCUCACCUACAUCAAUGACGGAGAACAUUUCUUCAUGGAGGGUGAUACUAAGUUACAUAAAGUUUCCCCUGAAGGCUGGAAGGGAGAUGGGAAAGGACAGUCAUCCAACAUCAUGUUCACAGUCUACCUUAGGGUCAAGUUCUACCCAGACAACAUAAGUCGUUUCAAGAGUGCUGCCACCAAACAACUCCUUUACCUACAGUUACGGCGGGAUAUUCUUGAGGAGAGACUGAAGUGUAACUAUGACCAGGCCUCCCAGCUGGCUGGUCUCGCUCUACAAGCCGAGUAUGGCAAUUAUGAUGAACAGGUGCUUGGCACGUCCUACUUCAACCCAGAGUAUUUCUUCUCUCCUCAUAUCGUGCGUCGUGUCGGCGUUGGUUACAUACGUGACAACAUCCCAGAGAUACAUGCUGUGUUCAGAGGUCUGACAGAGACCCAGGCCAAGAUGGAGUUUAUAAAGACAGCACAGAAGUUACCUGAGUAUGGCAUCCACUUCUACAAGUUGUUUAAGGACAAGGCCGACACCAGCAGCCUGGUGUACAUUGGGAUAGGUUGUAAAGUGUUGACUGUGGCAGAGAUCAGGGGAGAGCACCGUGAGAUAUCUCAGCAAUACUUGUGGAAUAAGACACACAAGGUGUCCUUCAACAGGAGACGCUUCAGUGCUCAGCCAAAAGCCGACCCAGGACAACCCAAACCUCCUAAACUGAACUUCUACACCACCAGCUACAGGAAAGGGCGCUACUUGCUACAGUUUGUGACUGCCCAGCACAGGUUCCAGAUGAUGCUGGCUAGACAGGCAGCAGGAAAACGGGGAACUAAUGCUUCAGGUGUAGAUGGAGGUCCCCUGCAGGAUGUGGGCUUGGGUAAUCAUGGAGAUGUGGAGGGGGAAAUGCUGACCUAUGAAGACGGGCUGGAAGAGGAGAACUAUGGAGAGAUGCCUGUGGAUAGCAUGGAUAACUUAGAGGAUGAGAACAAGGAGUUUGCAGAGGUCUACCUGAGGUCACAUGGACUGUCUGAUCCCCCAGUGGAAUACCGCAACCCGCCACUGUAUAAAUUCAGAAGGCAUGAACCCUCUAGUCAAAGCAGAUUUAGAAAACACAUUUUAAAAGAAAAGAAUCUGCAGAAUUCUAAGCCUGCUGCCGGCGCCCCAUCUGCUAACAAACCUGCUGAAGUGGCGGAGGUUCCCACGACGUCUAACACAACUACAAACAGCCCAGAAGCUGUUGUUUUAGGCGCAAGUAUCCGUUCUACGGAUCAAACGCUGCUACCAACCUUUAGUGGAACUCUUAGUGAAACAUUAGAGCAGCGCUUCAGCGACCUUUUCUCCCCAGAGUCAGAAGACAGGCAUGUUUUUGAGGUGACUCUGAGGAGAGAGAGUCCGCAUGGAGUUGGCAUCACCAUUGUGGGUGGGGAGACCACGGGUAGACUCGACCUGGGUAUCUUUAUUAAAUCGGUCACCCCAGGGGGGCCAGCUGACCGCGACGGCCGCAUUCAGCCAGGGGACAGACUCAUUGCUAUCAAUGACCAGAGUUUAGAGGGCAUGCAGCAUCAUGUGGCCGUACAGCUGAUCAGGAAUGCCACAGAACAGGUUAAGCUGCUCAUAUCACAAGUCAGGCCACCUAACUACAUGCCCACCAACAGGACCUCUUCACAGCCUCAAUCUCGUUUGCCUAACAACGGUAUUCAAAAUGGAGAACAUCAAAUCUUGUCCCCAGGAAAUAGAACACAUCCCUUUCUCCCCUCCAACACUGAAGAUGCCAGUAAGGUAGAUUUUCAAGAUGUCCCUCAUGGUCAGUCUGAAGCUACUCUGAAGUCAUUUAAUUCACCUCAGUCACAUAGUGAGACAGUAGGUAAUACAGGAAACGAUGGCCACACCUCAGCUGAAGAUAACGGUGCAGACUACAGCAGCGACUUCUUCCAACCAGACAAGUCGUACAACAUGGAAAUUUCGUUUGGACAUCCUUAUGCAAGACCACCUCAUCAGCGUCCCCCUCACAUGCAACUUGACCUUGGUGACCUUGAAGCGUCACGAUUGUCACACCCAAGUUUCAUCUCACAGAACUCUCUGGAUGCUGAAUUACAGCUGCUUGGAAUAGACCCCAAUGGUGAAGAGCUGAUAGAAUCCUCCACAGACUCUGACUUUGAUGAGGUUCUUGAUGCAGCCAUCACCCUGAAGGACAGCCCAGGGAGGCCCAGGAUUUGUGCAGAGGAUCUGGCCUUGCCACCAUUUAAUGACAAUGCAAACCCAGAAACAUACAAAGUGGAAUUAGUGAAGAGAGACAAUGCACUGGGAUUUAGUAUUGGGCCUGGCCCCGUGUCUUCACCAUAUGGAAAACAGGGUUUGUUUGUGACAGAAAUAGCCCCAGAUGGUCCUGCUGCAGAACUGGGCACCAUCAGCCUAGGUGAUCGUGUCCUAGAGGUGAAUGGUGUUGGGGUGUCACGCCUCACUGAUCAGGAGACCAUACAGCUCCUAUCUUCAUUACCUGACAGGUGUCUCUUCCUCCUGCAGAGACACGAGGGCUACGUGGAGACUGCCUCUGUGUCCAUCCAGGUUACCACGGAAACCGAAGAGGAGAGAAGGAGAAAGGCAGCCAUUAUUGAGUUUGAAAGUGAAUCUAGUCCAUACAGCUCCCUCUAUCCUGGCUUCUCCAACAUCUUUAAGGUAGAACUGGACAAGGGCAGCAGUGGCUUUGGUUUCAGUAUUCAGUGCUCUGAGAAAGACCAGCCCUCUUCAGGAGUGAUCCAGAUAAAGAAGAUCUUCCCUUCAGGACCUGCGGCAGCCUCAGUCAAACUGCAGGAAGGGGACAUAAUCCUGGAAGUCAACAAUCAGUGCCUUGUUGGACUCACCCAAGCUGAAGCUGUGAGUGUGCUGAGGAAGUGUCCAAGUCAUGUGGUCAUGAUUAUCAGUAGAUGUAACCCGAGUCAGGUGCCCAACAAUAUAACCAGGCCUAUAUCUGUGGUCAGUGAUGACUCUCUGGAUAUAUCCACCUUGUCCGUGACAUCCCCGCAGACUCCCCAUGGCAGGGAUGAGGAUACAGACUCUGCCCUCUCCCUUACGCUGGUCAGCCAGGUUCUGCCAGAAGAGAGCAGCACCCCUGUACCACAGCUGACAGACAGCAGCAGUAUGACUGGGCAGGACUUGCAGGACAACCAUGGUGACACGCUUGUGUCAAAUAUCCCAGCAGGAAGCAGCACUCCCCUGCCACAGUUUUCAGGGAUGACUACCGCACCUUUCCCACACCUAUCCAAUCAAGGUAACAACAGUACACCGUUAUCAGAAUCAGUGACCAGAAGCAACAUCGUUGUUCCUAACCCAUCUGAAAACGUCAUACAGGCAGAACCCCAGGAUGGUGACCUGACGGAUGUGUGGACAGGAGAUGAAGAUACGCCAGACAGCACACGCUCGGAGGUAGAGCGCAUCAACAGCGGCAUGUACCUGAUGGGACUGUCUGACAUUCCUGCGUCUGACACAGAUGAGAUAGCCUCAGAGGGAUGGGACCAAGGGGAAAGUCCAGGGGAGGAAAGUGUCUCUCUGUCCUCAGAACCCACCAGUGUUAUUACCUUUAGAUCCCGAGGCUCUGAGGCUCCCGAGAGUGGACUUGGCCCGUCCCCAACAUCUGAUCCCAAUAGUGGAAGUGGCAAAAGUGAUGUUAAAGGAGUUGAGGGCAAAAAGGACUUGUUCCAAGAAAGUGAUGGCAUUGGACAGUUGCUGGAGGUUACACUGGAGAAAGUUGCUGGAGGAGGACUGGGUUUUACUCUGGCUGGAGGUGCUGACACCACUGGGCUCUGUUACAUUAAGGGUAUUGCGCAGGACCCAGCACUUUCUGAUGGAACACUUCGGCCAGGAGACAGACUCAUCAAGGUAAAUGGCACAGACAUGACACAGAUGACCCAUUUCGAGGCAGUGACUUUUUUACGCCAAGCGCCAUCUGUUGUCACCAUUGUGGUGCGACGAGACAAGGGGGAAAACUCCAAUUCUUUGUCUUCUCAGUCAUCCAGUCCACCUCAGGUGAAGGGGAAGCAGGAGUCUUUGCCUAACACCAGUGAGUCUAGAUCAGAGAGUGUGGAGCCAGGUGCCCAUGUCGGCAGCCCAGACAAGACUGUCACAGACAUAAUACAGUCAUUCCAGUCCUCCAAAGUUUUGAUUAAACCCAAAGAUUACAGUACAAGACCUUCCAGUCCAACCCUUACUAUAGAACAAGUCAACUCUGACACAGAGAGUCAACAGAUGUCAUUACCAGAACUGCAGCAAGGUGCUAAAGUUAUCCGAGUUCAAAUGAACAAACCAGAGUCUGGAGGAAUAGGUUUCAGCUUGAUUACCGUGGAAACGGGUAACUACAGCAGCGUGUUUGUCAAGUCAAUAACUGCAGGAAGUGUGUCAGAUGGGAAACUUCAGGCUGGAGACAAGCUCCUACAGAUAAAUGGGGAGUCUGUGGUUGGGAUGAACCAGAGUAAAGUGGCAGCAAUUCUGAGAAAGUGCCAGCCCGGUAUUGUCCUGCUAACUGUGGCCAGGUCUGCUGUAAAAUCCAAAGAUACUGAUUUGUCUUCCAUUAAUCACCAUAAAGAUUUAGACAUUAAACCAGCUUCACAACCACCCACAAAACCGCCAAGAAAGAACCCUCCAUCUGGACCUUCAACCAAACCUCUGCCUUUAGUUGACCAAUCAAAUUCAAACCUUUGGGACACAGAGCUCACUGAUGACUGGUUGUCAAAGUUGAGACUGCUGAACACACCUAGUGAGGGUCUCUACCAAGGGGUCCAGCUGGAGAAGAUCAUUGAAGAAUUGGAGGGCAAACUUGAGCUGGAUGAACCACAAGAUGAAUAUAAGGAACUGAAGCAUGUGAAGCCCACCGAUGACUGCUCUGUGGCCAGACUGCCCGCUAACAAACCAAAGAACAGAUACAGAAAUGUGCUUCCGUAUGACACAAAUCGUGUGGUUCUUGAUGCUUCUGAGGACUACAUCAAUGCCAGUGAUAUUCAGAUCAGUGUAGGACAGAGGUGCCUCCAUUACAUCGCUUCUCAAGGCCCUUUACCUAACACAACACACGAUUUCUGGCUCAUGGUGUGGCAACAAAAGGUCAAGGUCAUUGCCAUGGUAACCUUGGAUAUGGAGGCUGAUAAAAUAAAAUGUCAUCGCUAUUGGCCGGAAAGCACAGAACCUCUGGAAAUCCAGAACAGGUACACAAUCCAGCUGAAGUCUGAAGAGAAACUUCAUAACUUUAAUGUAAGGAAGAUUGUGAUGGAGGACAGAGUAACAGGAGAGUGUCUGUAUAUCCAUCACCUGAAUUACACCAGCUGGCCGGAUCAUGGAGUGCCACUGUUAGCUUUCCCUCUACUCCAGUUUAUCCGUGUGAUGGAGCUGGUUAGUGGAGAUGGUCCAAUACUGGUCCAUUGCAGUGCUGGUAUAGGUAGAACAGGUGCUCUCAUCACCACACAUCUCAUCCUCAAUCACAUACAACAGAAUCUACCGUUUUCCAUCAUAGACAUUGUGAGUAAUCUGAGAAAGCAGAGACAAGGCAUGAUUCAAACUAAAGAUCAGUAUGUGUUAUGCUUCCGGGCGUCAUUGGAAGUUCUUCACAGUCUGAGGUGAUAGUCCCUGCCAAGGAGCUUCUGAUUUAAAGUCUUGAGGAAUCUCUAGUCAUUUUUCACACUUGUUCAAGUUUUUUAUUAUUAUUAUUUUAUAUGUAUGUAAAUUGUAAUUUAGCAACUUAAUUUGAAACUGAAGUACCUUCUCAUCAAUCAACACAGCCAUUAAGAGCUCUCCAUGGCGUGUUUAAAGUCUGCUCCAAUGCUGUCUCGACUCCACAAACUUGUCAUGGUCAGAGGCAUUGUGGGAAUCAUUUCGAAUUCUGCACCCACAACACAACUCAGUACACUACAUAGAAUACAGCAAACACUUACAUUGCGGCACAUGUCAACACACAAUGAAUUGUCCACACUCACUCCCAAACUUACCUGAAGUAUUUUGCACCUAUGUACUUUUGUUCUUGGACUAAUUGUCAUAAACUUGUCUUGAUAUUUAGCAUAAAAGAAAUUGUAAAAUCUACACAAAGGCUACUUUUUUGUUAGCAUUAUCCAAUAUUUUAAUGAAAUGUCUCUCUUCUUUUUGUGUCAAAGGUUGACAGAAAGUCAUUGUAUGAGAAAGUCAUCUUUUGAGUGACAGUAAAAUGCAGUACUUUGAAGUGACAAAGUGACAUAGAUUUUAUAUGUUACAUUUAAAUUAAGUAUUUAAGUACUUAAUACAUGUAGUACAUGAGAUGUUUUUAAAUUUGCCUAUAAUUUAGUUGUUUCUGAUUGCAAAUAUGUUUCUCACUUUUACAAGGCUUUGAAAGAUUUUAUAACUUUAUAUCUGUGUACACGUAUGUUUAGCCUUAUUACAAAACGUGUAGGGUUUUACAGCGCAUAAUUGAUGUUGUUUGCAGUUUAUUUGCAAUUAUUUUUUAUUAGGUCUAUUCUUUGAUUUUGAAAAUCCCUGUGUAUAUCAAGCCAUAAUGUCUGGCGCAAUAUUGUUUUUAUCUGUGUUAGUAUAUAUCUCCAGUAUGUAAUCUUUGGAGUAUUACUUGUGUGGAAAGGCUAUUUAUGAUUGAAUCUAGUCUUAUGUUGCAGUUGUCCUUACAAGCCAGUCUUUCCAUAGCUACACUUUUGUAACACUUUCUAAUAGGGCUGACUUUCAAUCUUUUUUUACAUCAUGUUGAUUGCAGAAUGAAAAACUACUUGUUCACAUAACUUCAUGUUGAUAUGAUACGCUGUAAUAUUCAAAUCUGUUGUUACAUGUAUGAUGUAUUUUCCUUUGAUAUGACAGAAAAUAUUCCUUUUCUUCACAGUUCCAGAGUGAUAAGUAAGAACCAAUGAGCCCUAGGCAAAUUUGUCUGUGGAUUGUUCAAAUAUGUAAUAUUGUCAAAUCCAACAAAAUGAUAAUUUAAUUUUUCAUCAUUAUACAACUGAUCAAAACGCCUGGAAAUCUUCCUUUUCUUCAGAUAUUACUUCUUGUCAGUGUGUUGAGGUUACUUUUUUUAGCUCUUUUACAUGUGUAUAAUACCAAAUACACUGUGCUUGUCUGCCUCAUUCCAUGUAUGGAUGACAUUGCUUAUGGAAGAUACGUUGUAUGUGAAUGUUAGCUUAAGUUCCACAACGCUCUCUCUGUAAUCUCAAGGGCUGGCUUAGUAGCGCUUUACUUUUCUUGGACUGAGUUUAAAGUUGAUGACAACAUUUGUUGGGAUCGGGUUUAACAAUGUUUUUUUCAUCCUCGCAUGUAUUGACUAAGUUUUCAAAUCGACUUUCUUGAAAUGCACUUUAUUUAGGGAGUGAAGGAUUUCACUUUGGCCUACAGUGCCCUAUCGUUAAAUGAUAUUAUGAGGUUUCCUUUUAUUCUGUAGUUUGGCAUCUAUUCAAGGGUAUGAGUCAGCUGCACAUUGGCAGUAUUUAUUACACAUUUACACACUUCUAUACACAAUGAUAAUAAAAUACACUCAAACAUU